ACAAUUUUAGCUGCUCUACAUGCCGCUCAUCCAGGCAUUGUAAAAAUGAAGGCGUUAGCGCGUAGCUAUGUUUGGUGGCCAAACAUUGACGCUGAGAUUGAGCUUAUUGUUAAGAAAUGUAUUCCAUGCCAGCAGAAUCGUAACGAUCAUUCAGAGGCACCGGUGCAUCAUUGGGAGUCAGCCAAGCGGCCGUGGUCCCGUCUACACAUCGAUUUUGCAGGACCUUUUCAAGGAAAAACCUUUCUUCUGGUCGUGGAUUCUUACUCAAAAUGGCUAGAGGUUGCGGUUGUUAGCUCCACUUCUACAGCGGCUACAAUUAAAGUUCUCAGGCAACUGUUUGCUACGCAUGGGUUACCAGAUCAGUUAGUGUCAGACAAUGGCACACAACAAUCUAAUUCCUCCACAACAAUCUAA